GGAGCCGGCAGGCAGACAGACGCGACUCAGAGUGACCUGGAGAGCCGAGCGUCACACACACACACACACACUCAGAGCCGGAGAGGGUGACUCACACACUCUGGGAGGCAUGGAGCGACAUGUUGUAUCUUGCAAGCUACUGGUGACAGCUCUUCUCAUCCUGAGCUCGAGGACGGCGCGAUCCGAGGAGGACAGAGACACUCUGUGGGACGCCUGGGGUUCAUGGAGUGAAUGCUCCCGGACCUGUGGAGGAGGCGCCUCAUACUCCCUCAGAAGAUGCCUCAGUUCCAAGACCUGUGAAGGGCAGAACAUCAAAUAUCGCACCUGCAUUAAUGUGGAUUGUCCUCCAGAUUCCGGUGACUUCCGUGCCCAGCAGUGUUCGGCCCACGCAGACGUGCGGUACCAGGGUCAGUACCACGAGUGGCUUCCUGUGUACAAUGACGCCGACAACCCCUGCGCUCUCAAGUGCAAAGCGAAAGGCUCGGGCCUCGUGAUGGAGCUGGCCCCGAAAGUGCUGGACGGGACCCGCUGCUACACCGAGUCUUUGGACAUGUGCAUCAGCGGAGUGUGCCAGAUUGUAGGUUGUGAUCAUGACUUGGGGAGCGCAGUGAAGGAGGACAACUGCGGUGUGUGCAAUGGAGACGGCUCAUCCUGCAGACUGGUGCGAGGACACUACAAGACCCAGCAUGCAUCAGGAAAAACUGAGGACACGGUUGUUGCCGUCCCCUUUAAGAGUCGUCAUGUUCGCCUGGUGCUGAAAGGCCCGGAUCACUUGUACGUGGAGAGUAAGACCCUGCAGGGGGUGAAAGGUGAGCUGGUGUUGGAUAAAUCUGGGCAGUUCCUCCUGGAGAACACCACCCUGGACUUCCAGAAACUUUCCGAUAAGGAGAUCCUGAGAAUCACCGGCCCACUUGGAGCAGAUUUCACUCUCAAAGUGCAGUUUUCCAGUGGAGCGGACAGUGUGGUGCAGUACAUUUACUACCAGCCCAUCAUCCACCGCUGGAGAGAGACCGACUUCUUCCCCUGCUCCGUCCCAUGUGGUGGAGGCUACCAGCUGACCUCAGCAGAGUGCUUUGACCUCCGGAGCGGCCGGGUGGUGGUGGAUCAGUAUUGCCAUUAUUACCCCGAGAACAUCAAACCCAAACCCAAACUCCAGGAGUGCAACAUGGAGCUCUGCCUGGCCAGCGACGGCUACAAGCAAAUUAUGCCAUAUGACCUCUACCACCCCCUGCCUCGAUGGGAGAGCAGUCCCUGGACGGCCUGCUCCACCUCCUGCGGCGGAGGCAUCCAGAGUCGCUCGGUGUCCUGUGUGGAGGAGGACAUGCAGGGCACCAUCACCACCACUGAGGAGUGGAAGUGUCUCUACUCCUCCAAGACGGCCAUCCUGCAGCCCUGCAACGCCUACGACUGCCCCACCUGGCUGGCACAGGAGUGGUCACCUUGCACGGUCACCUGUGGGCAGGGUCUGCGCUACAGGGUGGUGUUGUGCAUCGAUCACAGAGGACUCCAUGCUGGAGGCUGUAAUCCCACUACCAAGCCCCACAUCAAGGAGGAGUGCCUGGUGACGGUGCCCUGCUAUAAAUCCAUCGAUACUCUCCCAGUGGAGGCCAAACCUGUGUGGCAGAAGCAGGCCAUCGAGCUGGACGAGGAGGUCAGCGUCGGUGAGGAACCAACGUGA